UUAUGUUGCUUCUGAUGUAAUCACUCAUCAAAGAUGGCGGACGGUGUAGACUCGGAUUCUAAUGAUGAAAUUGAAUACUCGGGGAUGAUACAACCCCCUCUCAUUAAGCAGCUAAGGACCAUUCUGAGUGAAUAUCCAGAUGAUGGACAAAUACUUAAGGAAAUCAUUCAAAAUGCAGAGGAUGCCGGAGCAUCAGAAAUGAAGAUAUUGUACGAUGGCAGGCGAACAGUUCAGCAUGAAUCAACAAAGAGAGCACCAUUCAGAAAAUAUUUCAGGGGCCCAGCACUUCUGGUGUACAACAAUGCUGUGUUUUCAGAAGAGGAUUGGAGAGGAAUAAAGAUGCUGUAUAGCAGCAUAAAGGAAUUUGAUAGGACAAAAGUAGGAAGAUUUGGUCUUGGGUUCAAGUCAGUUUUUCAUAUAACAGAUCAUCCACUUAUUAUCAGUGGGAAGCAACUUCUAGUGAUAGAUCCCCAUCAAGAUUCUUCAAAGGUGUGCCAGACAAUGCAGCUCAGGAAACUUUACAAGUACAAGAAAAUGAAAGUGGAGGACUGCUUAGAAGCAUUCAGUGGGGUUUUGGGGUUUGAAGAAACAACACUCGACAGAGGUCAUUUUCAGGGAACAAUAUUCAGAUUUCCUUUAAGGGAAGAGGAGACUGAGCUGUCAGACAAUAAAUAUAACAAAUCAAAAGUGAAAGAUCUUUUUGAGUCUUUUAAAGACGAAGCUCCAGUUUCACUACUUUUUCUGAAAUGUUUGGAAAGUAUCACAUUAAUGAGGGAAGAAGAAGAAUCUUUAAAGACUACAAGCAUAGGAACGUUCCAUUUCUCAGUGAAAAUAAAUGAAUUGUCGGCGGAAAAUGUACGAGCUGCAAGAGCAAAUAUGAGGUCAAAAAUUCAGGACCUGCAAAAUACCUUGCCCUCAACAUCUAUCCUGAACAGCUAUGAAAUGACAGUCUGUGUGACAGAUGAAGCACUUUGCACUACAUCAAAAACAUGGAAAGUAAUGAAUCUAUUCAAAGGAAAGAGUCAUAUGUCAUCAAACCUUCAAAAACUUUCCCUUGAUGAAUCACUUUCCUACAGUCCAUAUGUUGGGGUUGCUAUGGACAUGGAUUUCCCUUUGAAUUUUCAAGGUCACAUUUUCUGCUUUUUGCCACUUCCGUUGACAGAGAAAAGCCUGAGUGGUUUGCCAAUUCAUGUAAAUGGGUUUUUUGCUCUCAGCCAAAAUAGAAGGGUUGUAAAAUGGCCUACGGCAGAUCAGAUUCGUCACAACGCACACACAGAUAAAACAAUCCAGUGGAACCAAGCUCUCGUUACAGAAGUCUUGUCCGAGCUCUAUUGUCAGUUUAUUCUUGAGCUAGCUGAAGAAAGUCAAAGGCAAGAAAACCAGAAAAAGUUAGUGGCAGCUGUGUCCCAAUGCAUUCCAGAUGUAGACAACGUUGACGAACACUGGAAAAUUUUGAUUUCGCCCAUGAUCACAAAACUGAAAGACAUGUCACUUUUUUUUACUUCAAAUGACGGUGGAAAGUGGAUCCAUAAGAAUGAAGCUGCUUUUCUUAGAGCUAUCAAGUUCAAUUAUGCAGACAAGGAAGUAGAAACAACAGUUCGAAAAAUUCUUGAAAUGUAUCAUCAAAAUACCGUGGAUGUGGAGGACCAUGUGUGGAAGACAAUGAAAUUGGAGGGAAACUGUGAGGUCACACCUGACUUUAUAAACAUGAUCUUGAGAAAGUCGGGGGAAUACACCAGUUGCAGUGAUCAUGACAAGUUCAAUCUGCUUCGAUUUUUGAGUUCUUGUAACGUGAACAAACUGGAAGGCCUUUAUCUUGUUCCACUGCAAAGUGGAGAAUACACUAAAUUCAGUCGAGACAAGAUCAACAAUAACUUCAUACACAUGGUGCCCCCUGAGGUUAUAGACAUAUUGGUUGGAAUGGAUGAUGUAGUAUUGCGUACUUUACCACCAGAUCUCCAAGAAAUAUUCUCAGAUCUGAUUAAGAAAGGCGUAUACCAGAUCCAGUGCAUGCACGAAAGAAAUUUCAUUGAUCUCCUUAAACAAACCAUACAAAAAAAUAUAAGUGACAGUCCAUGUCCAAUCAAAUGGACGAUUUCAAAGUCGAAUAUAAAUUACGAAUGGCUCGAAAAGGUAUGGAACGUUAUUGUCAAAGCAUUUCCUAACAAUCUUGGAAAAGUGUCACAUCUCCCACUAAUUCCAGAAAGAGUAGAUGGCAAUGAUUAUAGAAUGCACUCACUGAAAGAAAAUUUGGUUCAAGGUCAGCUGUCUAAAAACAUUGUAAUUUGUUUAGAAUUGCUUUCUAUCAAAGUUUUGGAAUCAUUGCCCGAGUUUGUUCUCCAACAUCCUCAAUUAUACAAAUUCAUACCUAGUACAUCUAAAGCAGUUCUUAUCAAUGCUAUUGAUACCGUUGGCCAAAUGUAUAAUUGGACAGAAAACGUUGGGAAGUUCAACGAAAACGCUACAGCAGAUCAGAGAAAAGAAUUCCUACAAUAUUUCAGCAGAGGAUACCCACCCCUUAACGAAUGUUCACAACGGGUAUUGCAGAACUUAAACCUUUUUGAAACUGUGAAGGGCUAUGUAAGCAUUAUUCAAAAUCAAAGAAUUCUUUCACAAAAUUUACCUGUGCGUUAUCCUUCAGAUGUCAUUCUAACAAGAAAUGCAGAAAUCAUUUCCUUUGCAAAGGAACUUGGGGCCAGAGAGCUGAGGGAAUUAGAUGUUUUUAAAGAAAUCCUGCAUAAUGUUUUGGACACAAACUUUUAUAGUCAUGAAGAACUGCUCCAAGUAAUGAAAUUUGUCAUAGAAAAAAAGGUUUACAAUAAAAGUGAUGAGCUCCUGCACCUUAUUAGAAGAGUGCCGUUUGUUCAGACCAGAACAUACAUGUACAAAAAAGCCUCUGAGUUAUAUGAUCCUGAUGAUGAGAUAGCUUGUAAAAUAAUUGUGGACGAGUCAAUGUUUCCAGCCAAAAGUGUGCAGGCUAAAGGACUGAAAGUUCUCCGAAAACUUGGACUUAAGUCUAGGGAAAUGUUAACAGCAACAGAUAUAUAUCAUGCUGCUAUUGAAAUACACAGGAGCAGCUUUGAAAACCGUGUAACUUCUACUGAUAAAGAAAGACAAUCAGCACUUAUGAAAAUAUUAAUCACCAGACGACAAUUGUUUCACAAGAGUGUGCAAGACCAAAGAAAAACUCUGAGAGCGCACCUGAUGCACUUAGAAAUAAUACGACCACAGCAAAGCACAAGUUCUCAGAUACCAAAUUUGACAUUGUACAAGUCAAAUCAUUUUUACAGCAAACCAUCCGAUGUAUAUCACAGUGAGUACCAAGCACUUGUCGGAUCUGUAGCCCCAAUUAUUUCCUCUGAUACAUCUUCGGUACUUGUUGAGGAAUUUGGAUGGCAAAGAACACCAGAUCUAGAACUUGUUUUGGAACAACAUUCAAAAUAUGUAGAAAAUUACGAAGAGGACUACAAAUCAGAAUAUCUCCUUCCAAUUAAGCUUCUCUAUAAGCACUUAGCUGACCUUCAUUCAUUAAGAAGGCACAUCAACAUUCCACUUGAAAAUAUGUGGAUGGGUGACGGAUUUACUCCACCAAAUCAAAUAUGCAUCAACAAAAGUUCAAGUGAUAUUGAUCUUCACCCAUAUCUUGUACCUUUACCAAAGGAGUUUCAAACACCAGAAAUGAAACAGUUAGCAGAGCACCUUGGCUGCACGCCUCAGCAAUCACCGGAAACACUUAUCAGCAUUUUGAAUGCAUUGAAAAACAACCAUGAAAAGGGGCAACUUGGGGUGGACUGUGUUCUCCGUGAUCUUGAUAUCAUUGUUCGAAUACUGAAUAAGUUGAAAUCUGUUUCUGAAAUCAGUAGUAUGAAUGUUCCAGUCCCAAUUCACUCCAGCUCAAAAACAAAAUUAGAAUUUCGACUUCCAAGAGACUGUAAUUAUUGCAAUGCAGAAUGGUUGAAAGAUUUAGCUGAAGAGGAAGGCGAAUCGAUGUUUUUUGUUCACGAGGAUGUGACAUCUGACACAGCAGCAAAAUUAGGUGUACCUUCUCUCACAGAAAAUUUGCUUUCAGAGACUGAGGGUAUCGAAGAGUGGGGUCAAUCAGAACCGUUAACAAGGCGGAUAAAGAAUCUUCUGAAAGAUUACAAGGAUGGUUUUGCAGUUCCGAAAGAAAUAGUACAAAAUGCAGAUGAUGCUAAAGCCAAAAAGGUGUGUUUUCUGUACGAUGAAAGAGAAAACAUGAAUUGUAGAUCAAGGCUAAUCGAUGAACAUAUGGAAUCCUGCCAAGGACCAGCCUUAUGGGCUUUUAAUGACGCUCUGUUUUCUCAAAAGGAUUUAGAGAAUAUCACAAAGCUAAGUGGGGCAACCAAAGCGGAUGAUUUAACAAAAGUUGGUAAAUUUGGAUUGGGAUUUUGCUCAGUAUACAACCUAACAGAUGUUCCUUCCUUCAUUACCGGAUCAAAUAUGGUUAUUUUUGAUCCACAUGCAAAAUAUCUUGGUAAAGCUGUGAAAAAAAGUAACCCAGGACUUAAAAUAGACCUAAGAGCAACAAAAAACAAGAUUCUGCUGAGAAGAAUGAAAAACCAAUUUAUGCCUUUUAAUAAAAUCUUUGGAUGCAAUUUAGAUACUGAGAAUCCAUGGUGUGAAGGAACUCUCUUCCGAUUUCCAUUACGAACAAAAGAACAAGCUUUUCAAAGUGAAAUAAGUGAAAAAGCAUAUGAUCAACUUGAAAUGAAAAGUAUGAUAAGAUUGUUCACGGAAAAUGCAGGAAACUUGCUUCUUUUCACGCAACAUGUGAAAGAAAUUGAAUUCUAUCAUCUUUCAAGGAAAGGCAGUGUAAAUGAAAUGGUUCUUCUACAUCGAGUGUGUCGAGAGGAUACUAUGUACAAUUCUGAUAUAUUAACAUCGUUUGGAAUAAGUAUGAAAGAAUGUCAAAAUUAUUUUCGAAAAGAACCUCAGCAAGUUCUUCAAACAGCAUUAAUUAAAGUAACAACUGAAGUUACUCAUCAUUGCCAACAGAUUUUCAAGUCAAACAUAGGGAGAUCUGAAACAAAAUGGUUCACAUCAUGGGCAUCUGGUACGUCUGCAAGCUUAAAAAUGGGAAAGGAUGCUUCUCUUCAAGGUGUUCUGCCACUGGCAAGCAUAGCAGUUUACGUUGAGGGGGAAGAUGGUUUUUUAGAGUAUAAACCCUUGAAAGCAGCACCUCAUGGAUUUUACAGAGAAAGUCAUAUUUUUUGUUACUUACCUUUACCGGUUACUUCACCACUUCCAGUGCAUGUCAAUGGGUCGUUUGCCGUGUCCUCAAAUCGAAGACAACUCUCCUCGAAAACAACCGAUGACAAAAUCGAUUUUGGGCAUGAGUGGAAUCAAGCAUUGCUGUCUGACGCAGUAAUUCGUGCAUAUAUCCAUUUGAUUGAAUCAAUGGAGAUAAAUAACAUAAUUUGUGAAAAGUACCAAGAUUUGUGGCCAGUAGUCUCAAAAAAUACUGAAAACAGUUUGUUUGAUGCUUUUUUCAGAAUAUUUUAUGAAAGAGUUGUUCAGCAAGACAACAAAGUUUUUUGUAAAGAUGACAUGUGGUUACCUUUGAGUAAAGCCAUAUUCUUGGACCCAAUGCUGCAAACGUCAAAAAUAGGGGAAAUAGCCACAAAUGCAACAAUCAAAUACAGGGAAAACGAUGAAGUUUUCUUGAUUCCACUGGAAAAACAGAUUUCAGAAAGUUUUGAGAUAUUAUUUGGAAGACUACCUGAAAAGAUGCAGUCGAAAAUUAUCUCUUUAGAAAGUUUUUAUGUAGAGAUAUUUUUGAAAAAUAUCAACGAUAAAUACUGGUCGUCUGAAAUGAUAUCAAAUCUGGUCUUAUUUGCAUUAGAUGAGGCAAAUAAAUCAGUUACAUCUAAAAUUGAAGCAAUCAGAUGUAUACCUACAACUCCCAACGGAACACUGAAGAGACCUUGUGAGUUGGUGAAGCGAGGCGGACGAGGAGCAUCUCUGUUUUGCGAGGAGGACGAACGUUUUGUUGCAAGAGAGUUUGAAUCAUAUGCUAGACAAGUAGUACUGAAGUCAAUGGGAAUGAUGAUAGAUGAGAUAAAAGAAGACAUCUUGAUUGAACGAAUUUCUUCGGUUCAAAGUAUUGCUGAGAAAUGUGCUAAAUGUAGUAUCGAAAGAUGUAAUAACAUUUUGAAAUAUCUUCAAGAUACCAAGUCCUUGACGAAAAAUUUAAUCACCAGGGUUAAAAACAUUGCAUUUCUACCAACUUUACCAAAACCAACGAAUUGGUCAUUGUCAUGGUUCUUAGAUGACAGUAAUUGCAAAAGAUUUACCUCAAAGUGCUCUCUACACUCAGAAGAAAAUUUUUCAUGCACACUGGCUAAACCAUCUGAUCUUUACUCGGACUCUUGUAAAAAUUUGGUCGGAUGCCGAGAACUAAUUCUAAACAUGUCAGUGUUGCAGGUAUCAAUGUACCCCAAAAAUGUGCUACUUGAAAUUGGUGUAAAUUUCAAAAAGGAAAUACAAACAGCCAUAGUGGUCAAGCAGCUAAUCGAUAUAUGUCAAAAUACUGAACCUGCUUCAUUUUCGGACGUCUCCAAAAGACUGUUAAGAACUAUUUGUGCUGAUAUAUAUGAAUAUCUAGACAGUGUUUGCCGAAGUGAAUCAUCGUCAGAAAUUGAAAUGCUAAGAGACAAACCCUGUCUACUUAUUGAUGAUACAUUCGUUAAGCCAAAUCAAACUGCAUUUUCUAUUCAAGUAAAUUGCUUUCCAGAAUUAUUUGGCUUAGAUCGCAUCACAUGGAAAAGCAACACAUUUUUUUUGCAAAAAAUUGGUGUUAAACAGGAAUUUCAAGAAGAGGAUGUAAUUCCGAUUCUAAAAGAGAUGACAAAGAAACACAGAGGUAAACUAGAUGAACAGUCUUUAGACCUUGCGUGUAAUCUUGUUGAAUUACUUGCAAAAGUGUACAAAAGAACCAAAUAUCCUGAAGAAUUUCUUGAUAUUUGUAUUCCCGAUGAAUAUGGAAUCUUUUCUCCGAUUCGUCGUUUGUGUUUAGAUGACAGUACAAUGUUAAAGAAGGGUGAAUCGUUAAAAUACCCACAUCCAAAGAUAAGAGAGGCUGAUGCUCGAAUUCUAGGUGUGCAGUCGAAGGUAAGUGGAUCACUAAUGCAAAAUUAUGUAAAACAGUUGAAACCGUUUGGACAAAAAGAAGAACUUUCUGAUCGAAUAAAAAGAAUACUUCAGGAGUAUCCAUUCAGUGAAGGAGUUUUAAAAGAAAUGUUGCAAAAUGCUGAUGAUGCCAAGGCCACAGAAGUAAUGUUCAUCACAGAUUUUAACACCUAUGAGACGGAACAAACAUUUGAUUCGUCUUGGCAUCCUCUUCAAGGACCUGCACUUUUAGCCUACAACAAUAGCCACUUUACCGAAAAUGACAUUGUUGGAAUUCAACACUUAGGAAGAGGAUCGAAAGGGGAUGAUCCUACAAAAACUGGACAAUAUGGAGUUGGUUUCAAUGCUGUAUAUCACAUAACAGAUGUUCCAUCAUUCCUUUCGAAAUCACCAGAAGAAGACAAAGAUACAUUGUGUGUUAUGGAUCCGCAUUGCAAGUAUGCACCGGGUGCAAAUGAAUGUUCUCCUGGGGCACAAUUUACUCAGCUAAGUGAUUUAAGAAUUCCAUUCGCAGAUGUAUUUAAAUGUUAUCAUGAGGAUAUUUUGCUUCAAUCACCAGGAACAGUGUUUCGGUUGCCUCUUCGCACUCCCCAGUUUGCAAGAGAGUCUGAACUUUCAAAUAAAGAAGUUUCAAAACAAACUAUCUUGAAUAUGUUAGAGACAUUUGAAUUGGAGAUGGCAAAAUCCUUAUUAUUUUUGCGAAAUGUGACAAAAAUAUCAAUAGCAAGCAUCGAAAAUGGAGAAUUAGUUGUGAAAAAUACUACUGAAUUAUUGCUUUCAGAUGAAGACAAAUCCAAAAAAUCAGAGUUUGACAAAUAUGUCGUGAAAAUGUCAUCAAUGUUCCAGCAAAAAAGAGAAAUGUUCAUAACGGAGAAAAUUGAUGUUACUUAUUUUGUGACUAUCAAAAGUACAUUUCAAAAAGAUAAAAAAUGGUGUCUCAUUCAAACGUUUGGGUUCCAUGAAGGAAUUUGUAUUCCAAAUUCAGUCCAAGAUGCUUUUGAUGAUCAGAACUUAGGUCUUCUGCCUCAGGGAGGAAUUGCAAUGCCUUUGGAGAGCUCUGCUCUUCAAAAUGCAACUGCAUUUUGCUUUUUGCCUCUACCUUGUCAAACAGGCUUGACUUUGCACAUCAAUGGUCAUUUUUCCCUUGACAACGAAUCGAGAAGAGAUUUGUGGAAAGAUGAUAAAAGAGAAUACAGAACACAGUGGAACUACAUGUUAUUAUCUCAUGUUAUCGCUCCAAUCUAUGCAAAAGCAUUGGACUUAUUACAAAGUAUUAUGGGGUUGUCCUCCAUGGAAGAAUAUGAAACCCUUAAUCUUCAGAGAAAACUUGAUAACUUUCAUAGUUUCUUUCCAAAUGUUGCAUUAGCCAGUAACCAUUAUUGGAAACAUCUUGGGAGAGCGGUUUAUGACUGUAUUGCAGAGAGAAACAUGAACUUGUUUUUUUCUUGCCGUUUGAUCAAACAAGAUGUUUGCAAAGUUUUUGGCUAUUCCCUGUACGAAGAAAAAGGAAAAGUUCUUUUCAACAAAGAUUACAGAAACGAUGAAAAAAUAAUUGAGAUUGCAAAAGACUUAAAUAUGAAACUUGUAGAUACACCAAUAUGGAUCUGCACAUGCAUGGAAAAUGCCGAUAUAUCAAUCGAUAAAUUAAGUCCAGAAAAUGUGAUUGAAUUUCUGAAAUCAGAAAACUGUGAAGUUAAAAACAUUAUCAGAAUUAAUGGAUUCUUAGAAUUAGUAAAAUCACCUUUCAAAAGAGUUGAACGUUUAAUUGCAUGUUUAGAGUUUUGCAUGAAAAGUGAAAAUUUCAACGGAGAAAUAGAAGGACUCCCAAUCUGUUUGUUGGAAACGGGAAAUCUUGUAGAAUAUCGAAGUGAAAAUCCUGUCAUACUUACACCCUUUUCAGACUUGAUUCCAAGUUCAGCAGAAAAGAAACUUCACAAAAAAUUGCAUGAACUACUCUCAAAAGUGGAAAUAAAUUGCAUUGAAAAAAUGACUGUUCAAAAGUUUGAAGAACGUCUGAAUUUUGAAUUGGAUUAUGACAGUUAUCGUCAUCGAAAUUGUCAAUGGAACCCUCAUCAGUCAAACAUUCCUAAUAAAGAGUGGAUGAAGAAACUUUGGAAAUUCCUCAAGAAAGAGUUGGGCGAGACCCGAGAUCAACUGGAAAUAAAACGCCUAAUUCACCCAAUUCUUCCAUGGUGCCUUAUUCCUGCCACACAAGUAUGUGGGAAACGGUUCCUGGGAUCUUUAAGUGAUGUUCAACACUUACUUAUUCCAGUAGAAUUCGCCUGCCAUGUCAUCAAUUUGUCAUCUUUUCAGCCUGCCAUGGAAAUAUCUCUUAGAAAACUAAAUUUACCUAUUUUAAACGAUGACUGUCUGCCGCCAAAUCAUCCACUGCGCCAUCUUGUUGCUUCGCAAGAUCGUAUAUCGGAUGUUUUAGAAUGUUUGUAUGUUCAUAGGCAAUUAAUUUCUGAGAAUGAUCAAAUAAUGUUUGACGACUGUGACAAAAUUUUAGAAUACUUUGCAGGAGGACUAACAGAAUUACUGAGCUUUCCAAAUGCAGGAGAUUGUCUUGACAAGUUAAGAAAGCUCCCAUUAUUCACGACAGUACAUGGACAAAAAAUUAGUCUUGAAGAAAAUCGUGAUAUAUUAGUUCUUCCUGGUGGACUUCCAGCAGAUGGAAUGAACAAGUGGGCUGAACGGACGUGCAAAAUUUUGCUACGCAGAAAUGAACGACUGAGAUGCAUAUUUGAGCGUUUCAACGUGACAGAGCAUAGCAUAUGUGAAGUGUACAGAGUACAUAUUCUUCCAUUCUUUCAAAAUAUACCCGAAGAGCAUAGAUUGGUCCACCUUGAAUAUAUUAAAGAUCAAUUGUUGAAACAUUCUACUACCUAUAGUGAGGAACAAAACAAACUUGUGAAGGCAUUGACAGGAAUACCAUUUAUACCCCAAGUUGAUGGAACUUUCAAGUUAGCUUCUGAGUUCCUCAGCCCCUUCAAUGAACUGAUGAAGGUCAUGUGCGAAGAUCCAAAAUGCUACCCGCCUCAUCCUUUUUCAACUCUUGCAUGGAAAAAUUUCAUGACUUUAGUUGGCAUGAAAACUGAAGUGACAAAAGAUUUGUUUUUAGAGUUUGUGUUGCAGUUAGAAUUACAAGGACGCAGUGGAAUGUCUGAAAUUAUUGAAAACAAAUCAAGAUGCCUUGUCAAUCAUCUAUUAUAUGCAACUCAGCUUCACUCCGCUGAUUUUCUUAAACGAGUGAGUCGAAUAAAAUUUGUCGUUCCACACCAAAUAAAUGCAGUGUAUUGUCGAAUAUAUCCUUAUCCACAAGAUAAAUCAAAUCAUCUUAUACGUUUCCAAGGAUCUGUGAUGAACAAAUUUGAACGCAUCAUCUGGACACAAUGUCGUAUUCUGCCUUCUUGGAUUAGCAGUGAAAUUGUGUUUGGUGGACUUGAACUGUGUAACCUUGGAGUUCAGAAACCAACAGCCGAGACAGUUCUUACUCAUAUUCAAACAGUAUGCAACAAGAUCGGAAAUCUAUCAGAAAAGGAUCUGAGUUCCUUAAGUGUCUCGAGUAUUUCAAAUCUAAUGAAAACAUUUUAUCAAUAUGCAAAUGAUUCAAAAGUCUUACAAAAGAUGGACAUUAACAUUUUUAAGAGAAUUCCUUUUGUAUUCAUGACAGAGUUUCCAUGCUUAUUUCCUUGCGAAAGAUUCAUUCUUCAGCUGGAAGAAAAAUACAAGAUGAUACCAUAUUUAAUGGCUUUACCAGACGAAUAUUUUGGUUUCUUUCAACUGUUUGAAAAACUUGGAGCUUCCAGAAAAAUAUCAUCAAAAACAUUUGCAAAGGUUUUAGAAGAAAUUCAUUCCAGUGAUGAUACAUUGAAUGUAAAUGAACUGAAAACUGCACAAAAAGCAAUGGAAUUUCUGUUUGAAUUUCUCUCAUCCGAUGAUGAUGUUUCACAGAUGUUUGAGAACCAGGCACUUUACCUAUUAUCUAAAGAAGGCAAACUAUUAACAGCUGAAUCAUUAAUGCACAUCAAUGUUCGAUUCAUGGGUGAAGUUAUCAAAGCAGAAAAACACUUUAGUAUAUUGUCAUCUAUAGAGGGAAUGGAUGAAGAAAACUUUCAAGCAAAGAUAAAAUGUCUGCCAAAGAGAAUUAGACCCAUGUUUAUAUCUGAUGUUAUCACAUCUAAAAUUGAUGUUUCAAAGGCUAAUGUCACAGACAACCAAGUAUCAAGAGAAAUAAAUGAUUUUCUUACAAGCAGUGAAUUCAUCAAUGGAAUCUUGAGACUUGUUUACCAAGAAAGGCUUGACAAGAGAGAAAAUCUACCAUCAGAUGAUGAAAUUUCUCGUAUAAAGGAAAAUUUGCGUGCAAUAUGUUUGAAGUGUGCCAGCAAUAUACAGGAAGAGUUUAUUUACCAAAACAGACAUAUUCAAAGCAGAUCUCGUAGGUGUUGUUUAGACUGCAGUGAAGAAAAUGGUCAUUUAAAAUGUUCUAUUUAUUCGGAUUUUUCUGAUGAAUAUGAUCCAGAAAAGGUUGUGAAAAAAUAUCUAGAUUACAUUUCUACAGCUAUAAGAAAAUGCACUGGUUGUAAUUUCCAUAAAACACUAUCAGAUUACCUUCAUAUGAUAUGCAACAAAGUAAGAAGUCGUGAUGAAAUUGAAUCCUUCUUGGAUGAACGUUUUGUUCAAUCUCUAAACAGAAAGCAUAAAGAUUUUUCCCAUCAGCUUCCCAAUCCUGGUGAUGUUGUAGAGAUCCGAUGGCAUGGUAUUCUAGACAACGCCUUUAUUUCGUUUGAGCCUAAUGAAUAUGUUGCACACCUUACUGGAACGAACAGUAAGGGUGAUAUGGAAUACAAAUAUGCAAUAGUGAAAGAAAAGCUUUCGUCAGCUACCAAUACAAGUGAUAUGAUAUUUCUGCAAGCAUAUCUUGUCCAAACUGAGCCACAAAAAGUAAUGGAGAUGAAAGCCUAUGAACUAUACAAAUUCAAUAGAUCUAAGGUACCUGACGAUUUUAAUAAUUUCGAAGCUUUUCAGGUUCAAGUGUUAUAUCAAAGAGAACCAUCAGAAGAAGCAAGUUCCACAAACAAUUUACCAUCUCGAGAUAAUAGAACACUGGAAGAUAUAUUCAAAGAAAUCAGAGAAUGUUUGAAACAUGCAUUCACAUUGCCAAAAGAACAAAGAGGAAAUAUCUGUCGCAGAGUAAUGUUCCAGUGGCAUCCAGAUAAAAAUCCACACGAUGUUGAAAGAGCAACAAAAGUAUUUCAGUAUAUAAGAAAUAUAAUUCAGAAACUUGAAAAUGGAGAAAAUGUUGACAUAACAGAUAGAACAGAACAAACAAAUGAAAAUCACCCUUGGAGUGAUCAAUUUUUCAGAGAAUUUGAAACCUUUUUCCGACGAGAACAAGAAUACCAACAUUAUUUUCAUCGGACUUCGUCAUCAUCAAGAAGACCAAAUCAACAGACUGAGGAAACCUACUGCCCCAACCCACAGCCAUUUGAAGCAUCUAAAUGGUUGGAGGAAUCCAAGUAUGACCUGCGCUUUGCAAGAAAAACCGAAUGUUUAGAGGAUGAUUUCUUCAACUGGAUUUGUCUCUCCAGUCAUCAAGCUGCAGAAAAAGCAUUGAUAGCAUGGCAGUACAAUGAAGAUGCCAAGCGUGUUGUGCGCUCUGAAAACCUGUCAGAUCUUGCUCGAGCAUGUCCUGAAGACAUUCAACGUUCAGCACAAGAACUACAAAAUUUAACACAUGAAACUAAAAGAAUGAGGUAUCCAGAUGGGAAUCAUAGGCCAUCCUUGGCAUACAAUAGCAUCCAAGCAAAUCAGGCAUUGAGCCUAGCUAAAUUUAUAGUAGAAAAGGUUGAUGACCUUUUACUUUGAAAUGUGGAUUGAAAAAAAAAUUGAACAAGUUUUUUCAACCUGUAUUACAUAAUAGUACAAUAGAUUUUUCUCUCAGCUUAAGUUACAAUUUUGUUUAGUGUUUUUUUUUUUUAUUUCAAGUUUUUAAAUUUUACAAUUCUCAAUU